AUGGCAGGAGUAGAAAGUAGCAAAGUAGCAGGAUUUAUUCAAGUCGGAAAAUGGGGAAGACAAAGUGGAGAUCCUCAGAAUGAAUGGUCUUUUGAACUUGAGAAAGAUCAUAAAUUGGUGAAGAUAACCGUUGACCAUGGUGAUGUAAUAUACUCUCUCAUGUUCACAACUAAAUAUAGAGAUGCUUUGCACAAUUCCGACAAGUUUGGUGGUUGGAAUGGUGGAGACACGGUUUCCGAGGUACUCUUUGACGAAGAUGAGGAAAUUGUCGAGGUUGGUGGAUCCGUUGGCUCAUUAGUUGGGUUUUAUGGGCUUGCUGGCUAUUACAUUGAUGCCAUUGGUGUGUAUCUAAAAGCCUAUGAGGAAAUCAUACGGGUUGGAACAUGGGGGAAAAAUGAACCUGGAACUCCGCAAAAUGUUUGGUCCUUCCAACUUGAGAAAAAACAUCAUCUGAAGAAGAUCACCAUUGAUCAUGGUGAUCUGAUAUACUCUCUCAUCUUCACCACACAAUGUGGAGACUCAACACAUACUACUGCAAAGUUUGGUGGUUGGAAUGGUGGAGAGACAGUUUCUGAGGUAAUAUUUGAAGCUGACGAGGAAAUAACUGGCAUCAGUGGAACAAGUGCAUUAUCAAGGGGAAGUGUUCCUGACUUACCUAUAAUAUCAUCAAUAUCAUUCAUCACAAACAAGAAAACUCAUGGACCUUUUGGUAACGUAAGAGGAACGCCUUUCCCUGUACCAUGGGAUGGUGGUUCUUUUGUUGGAUUUUACGGGCUUGCUGGCUAUUAUCUCGAUUGCAUUGGUGUCUAUUUGAAAGCUUGA